GAGUCAUAGUUAUUUGGGGGAGGGGGUGGGCACCUCUGCAUAAUGGAACUGCAGGACCUCAAGUUUUUGAUAUAUCUAGAUCAUAAGAAACGGAUCAGUGUUUUUAAAUAGUCACUGAUAGAUUCGAUGGUUCAGUCAGAAUAUAUUUAGCAGUUGCUUUGUUUUUUUUUUUAAAGAAAACGUUUUAUUUGUUAACAAUUUUAAUAUAAAAUGCACCUUACGAACGGCCAUGUAUCUUUGCGUCUUUGGUGUAUUUUAUGUUUUUGUUUCUUAAUUCCUACCCGGGAUUUUAUGAAGUUUUAAACCUUAUGCAAUAAAAUUCUUUUCAAAGCUAAAAUUUGUCAUGGACGAAGAAUGUGAGUUGCGUAAUCUCGUUGAAAAGACUUUAGAAAAAAAUGGGACACUUGCUAAACUGAGGGCCCAGCUCCGAGCUAGCGUGUUCCUGGCCUUGGAAGAGCAAGAUAUAAGUGAGGUGUUCGUGAGCAAACCUCUGCAGGAGUUUGUCAGCACAACCGAAGGCGCGCUCGUUGCGUGUCUGGUGCGAGAGUUCCUCGAAUGCUUCGGCCUGGACAUCUCGCUGUCCGUGUUCGACCCCGAGACAGGCGUGGGUAAAGAUUACGAACUCUGCGGCAGGAAAACUCUCUGUCAACAACUUGGUAUCAAUAUUUCUAAUGAGACAGGCACCAAAAAAAGGCCCCUUCUGGCCCACCUGCUGAAACUAGACAAGACCGCCAGCAGGUCUGUCGAGAUCCCCCGAAAAGAAGAGGAACUACACGUAGCUUUCCAGAAGUCUGCAUCCGUCUCAGAUGAAAACAAAAUUUCUGAGCCCACUGUUGGAGCAGUGGCGAGUGGGAAAGCAUACAAACCUAAAGACAGCUCUGCAAAAUCAUCUGAAACACUUGAGAGAUGGUCGCAUGGGGAUGAGACAUCUGAUGGUGCGGAUGCAUUGUCAGCAGCUAGGAAAAAGCUCACAGAAGAAAAUAAAGAGGAUGGAAAUUCGCAACCGCAGACCCCCGUCUCUCGCAGUUCUGCAACAUGUCUGAGCAACCUUCCUCCGCUGUUUGGCUCUGAUGACAAUCAGUCACAGCCUUCUCGUUUGUCAGCCCGCAGCUCUGAUAGCGACCUAAUCCUGAAAGCUUUGAAUGAUAACGGAUUCGAGUAUGAAGAAGAUUUCAACACAUCCGACAGUGGGCAGGACAAAACUGCCAGAAGUUUACCAGCGACGGACAGCGACAUUGAAGAGGAGCUGGAGGAGAGCGAUGAAGCCAGCAACAUAUCCACGGGCCAAGAUUUUGCUGCUGACAAGUCACUGUUAUAAGACUCAUUGAGAAGACGUACAAAACAUCGAGUGUCGAAGUAGUUUCACAACUUAGUGCCUUUUUCACGAGUGAUAUUAGAUUUUUCACAUGCUAUUAAGUUAGAUUAUGUUUUCAUGCAGCUUUGUGUGUUAUGUGUGUUUUUUUUUAAUUUGAGAAAAAUAGUUUUGGGAAGCACACAUGAUGUUACAAUUUUGUGGCAGUGGGCCAUUUACAAUUUUAAGACUGUGUUUAUGUGUGAUUGUGAGAAAUGUUAUUUAUUUGAUUGACUUAAAAUUUGAAUGUUUUAGAAAUUAAGGAACAAUGCAUAUUUGUGUCUUGUAAUACAAACAUAUUAAAAAUAUAAUAAGAGCAGUAAUAAAA